AUGACUCCUCCUGGUCGUCAAGUCACUUAUGAGUCCGCUGCAAGCACUAAUAACCCACCAGAGAAGCAAGCAUAUCCACACUCAAAAUGGAGCUUCGGCGUUCUCAAUGAUAAGUCAACUAUAGAAGUUCCAGGUUCGGUGCUUUUACUGGCAGCAGACCGUAAUGAGCCUCUCGGUCUACGCAACAUCCACGCUAGAACAUCUCAUUCAUCCAUCCCGACGGGAUUUCCAGUCGAUUCUGAUAGACAAUCCAUCCGACGUCAGACACAGCCGGAAAAGAAAAAGACCGAAGAUGGCACCAUCAUCCUUGAUCCCCAGCCGGAUGAGUCUGCAAACGAUCCUCUCAACUGGCCGGGCUGGAAGCGUGAUUCUGCUCUCUUAUCCCUGGGGUUCUACUGCAUGAUUGGCGGUGGAAUUGGGUCCAUCAUGGCUGCUGGAUUUACAAAUAUUGCUCACGACUAUGCCGUGAACGUGGAAACUGUUUCCUUAGUUGUUGGCCUCUACAUGAUGGGCCUUGGUAUUGGAGCUGUCCUGGCAUCUCCCACAGCGAUUCUUUUUGGAAAACGACCAAUUUAUCUUGCAAGCGCCAUAAUAUUUAUCCUCACCUGCAUUUGGGCAGGCUUAUCGCCCAGCUUCCCCUCUCUCCUAGCAGCCCGCAUCGUUCAAGGAAUGUCGUUGAGUCCGGUAGAAUGCCUUCCGUCUGCGACAAUUGCCGAGAUUUUCUUCCUGCAUGAAAGAGCGUACCGUAUUGGAAUAUAUACCUUGUUACUUUUAGGUGGAAAGAAUUUGAUACCUUUGAUAAGCGCGGCUAUUAUUGGGAGGUUUGGGUGGCGCUGGGUGUUUUUUAUUGUGGCAAUUGUGACCUGCUUCAGCUUUAUUUUGCUGUUCCUCUUCGUGCCUGAGACCUUUUGGGAUCGGACGCCAACUAGAAGUCCUACGAAGCGACCGAGCUUUCUUCGUCGCCUGUCAUCUAGAAGGAGCGUAUCAUCUCAGCGACCGGUGCCAGUCGCAAAUCUGCCCAAACUUCCUAACAAGGAAGAAGAUACACAAGGUGCAGAUAGCCCGCAAGUACUGAAUAGCAGCUCACAACAACCUGGGGUGCCUCCUGGUCAACUGGGGGAUAGUCUGGCUCCCCCAAUCUCGGAAAACAUGCAACCGACCAACGUCAUCCCAACUGAAGACAGGGACCAGCUUCAAACGUCAAACCAAAAUAAAUCGAUUGAAAAGGCUCAAGAUGUCAACGAAACCUCAAAUAUAGACCCGGAACGAGCUGAACCCUUACCAGUGUUAGCCCCAGUGACCAAGGCAUACACUCAUGAGCUACGGCAACGCCCUGCAAUACCCUUCAGACAACAACUAAGACCAUAUCACGGCCGCCUCAACAAUGACAAAUGGCUCAAAGUCAUGGUGCGACCUUUCAUUCUUUUUGCCUAUCCAGCCGUGUUGUGGUCUGCCGCUGUCUAUGCCUGUUCGAUCGGUUGGCUCAUGGUGAUUUCCGAGAUCAUGGCAAUUAUCUAUCGAGACCCUACAUCCUACAAUUUCACCCCUUUACAGACCGGCCUGGUAUAUAUUGCGCCUUUUGUUGGAGGUAUUCUAGGCACAGCUGUAGCGGGCAAAGUUAGCGACAUCGUCGUUCGGGCAAUGUCGUCACGCAAUGGAGGAUUAUACGAACCAGAGUUUCGACUCGUCAUGGCCAUUCCAAUUGCUCUUGCAACAUGCAUGGGAUUGAUGGGCUUCGGGUGGUCUGCAGAGCAAAAAGAUCAUUGGAUUGUCCCUACAGUGUUCUUUGGAGUCCUGUCUUUUGGCUGCUCACUAGGCUCGACAACAUCCAUUACGUUCUGCGUGGACAGUUACCGACAGUAUGCUGGCGAGGCCCUCGUAACGCUGAAUUUCUCCAAGAAUAUUUUCCAUGGCCUGGUAUUCAGCUUGUUUGUGUCCAGUUGGAUGGUUAAAGACGGCCCACGAAAAGUAUUCAUGUGGCUUGGGAUUAUUCAGCUCAUCUUGCAGCUCACUACGAUACCCUUAUUUAUAUUCGGCAAGCGAGCCAGGCUGUGGACGGUGAGGAAGAAUUUCAUGGAGAAAUUCUAG